CCCAAAUUCUGAAUUCUAUCCUGUGUAUCACUCGAAAGAGAAUGGCAAAAGAAGAGGGUCUUGCGAUAGGAAUCGACCUUGGAACAACUUACUCUUGUGUUGCGGUAUGGCAGGAGCAGCACUGUCGAGUGGAGAUCAUUCACAAUGACCAAGGCAACAACACUACUCCUUCUUCUGUUGCUUUCACUGACCAUGAAAGGUUGAUCGGUGAUGCUGCUAAAAAUCAAGCUGCCACCGAUCCAGAGAACACCAUCUUCGAUGCCAAGAGGUUGAUUGGUAGGAAAUAUAGCGAGCACAAUGUUCAAAAAGAUAAAAUGUUGUGGCCAUUUAAAGUCGUUGCUGGUGCCAAUGACAAACCGAUGAUCGUGGUUAAAUACAAGGGUCAGGAGAAGCAACUUUGUGCUGAGGAAGUAUCAUCCAUGAUCCUUGUAAAGUUGCGGGAUAUUGCUGAGGCUUUUUUGGAAAAACCUCGUAAGCCCACCAUGGAUGCUGGUGCCAUUGCUGGCCUCAAUGUUAUACGGAUAAUCAAUGAACCCGCUGCUGCAGCUAUUGCAUAUGGCCUUGACAAGAGAAGUUUAGACAUUGACCAACAAACCAAAGUUGAUAUUGAUACAAUUAAUUCAUUAAGUUCUAUAAGUAGAAAAAAUAUUUUGAGAGUCUAUUUUACACAGGACCGCGAGAUAAAAAGGAAAAACAAAGUGGACAUUAGUGGCAAUCCUAGGGCUCUAAGGAGGUUAAGAACUGCAUGUGAGAGGGCAAAAAGGACACUCUCUUCUGCUGUUACCACCAAAGUUGAUGUUGAUGCUAUAUUUCAAGGCAUAGACUUCAACUCUUCAAUCAGUCGUGUUAGGUUUGAGGAAAUUAACAUGGAGCUGUUUGAAGAGUGCAUUGAGACAGUAGAGAAGUGUCUUACUGAUGCUAAGAUGGACAAAAGCAGUGUGCAUGAUGUUGUCCUUGUUGGUGGCUCUUCUAGAAUUCCCAAAGUGCAGCAGUUAUUGCAGGCUUUCUUCAAUGGUAAAGAUUUGUGCAAGAGUAUUAACCCUGAUGAGGCUGUUGCUUAUGGCGCAGCUGUGAAAGCUGCAUUGUUGAGUAAAUGCUUUAAGAAUGUUCCUGAUUUGGUAUUAUUAGAUGUCACACCGCUGUCUCUCGGUGUAUCGGUCAAAGGAGAUCUUAUGAGUGUUGUGGUUCCUAGGAAUACUUCCAUUCCUCGAAAGAUGAAACAAGAAUUUAGAACAUCCGUUGAUAACCAAUCUUUGGCCAGGAUUAUGGUUUACGAGGGUGAGAGAACAAGAGCAAGUGAUAACAAUUUGCUGGGGUCUUUUGUUCUUUCUGGUUUUCCUCCUGCUCCUCGUGGGCAUCCUUUAUAUGUGAGCUUUUCCAUCGAUGAAAAUGGUAUAUUAUCUGUUUCUGCUGAGGAAAAGACCACUGUCAAUAAGAACGAAAUUACUAUCAUCAAUGAUAAUAAAGACAGGUUGUCGGCCAAAGAAAUUGAAAGAAUGAUACAAGAAGCAAAGUUUUAUGAGGCCGAAGAUAGAGAGUUCCUUAAGAAAGCCAAUACUAAGUAUGAUUUGGAUGAUUGUGUAUACAGAAGCAGGAAUGUCUUGAAGAAGGUUUGUAUCAGGUCAAUUGUUCGCCCUAAAGAAAAGGAGGACUUACGUUCUGCAAUAAAUAGGGCUACUGAUUUGCUUGAUGAGGAGAAUGAACAGUAUGACAUUGCUGUGUUUGAGGCUUGUCUGAAAGAGCUUGAGAGCUCCCUCGAAAGAUUCGAGUCCUGGUGAAUCAUUGUUUAGUAAUUUUUGUUGUGUUGCUUCUCAUUUUCUUUUUGAUAAAUGCAAACAAUUAGUAUUAUCUUAAAAUAGUUUAAGUUGGAAAACCUUGUUUUAGAUGUUUUGUGCGUGACUGGAUCGUGAUUCAGUUUAGAUCAAAGGAAUUGUAAAUAAGAAAAAUGAUUUUUAAGCAGAGGAGUUCCUUAACCGACUAAAGCAUGUCGAAGAUCUAU